UUUUUAAGCUAUUUGCAUUAAAAAGGGUAAAUUUUAAGAAACGUGUUAAUUUCCCAAGUAAAAAAGUUGAUUUUCUUUGUUAUUGUUGUAUGAGAUAGGGAAAUGGUAAAUAAUACUUCGGAAGGAAAAACUGGUGACCAAAGAAAAGAGACAAAUUUAGAUCCUAACGUUGGUACUAACAAAAAGAAAAUUGUAUUCUCUUGUGAAGAAAUUGAAGCAAAAACAAGGAAUAAUCACGUUAAAGAAGAUUCAAUACUCAAGAUUUCAUCUCAAAAAGUCGAUCUUAAAAGAAUUGAUCCCGCCGUUAUGUAUUAUUCAUCGCCAAACAAUGUGACUCGAUAUGAUAAGGACGAAUUAAUGUCACUCAAGUCCACAUUUUCUGCACAAUCACCGCCUUCAUGUCUUUAUGAUCCAAGAAUUAUUCGCUUAAAUAUUCUCAAAUAUAAACAAGUUCAUCCUGAAGAGUACGAAAACCAAAUGAAAGCAUUUCGAGGAUUACUUCCCAGACUGUCUAUGAGCAGUUUUGAUCCCAAGUUAUUGGAUUUAUUAAAUAACUACCACAGAUCUCUGUUGUUACCAUGUUUUCAAAAUUAUACCGGAGGCAAAAUUAAUGAUAUCAAUAAUUUACGGCAAUCACAACGCAAUAAUAAUCAAAUGCCUAACAGCAGAAACGUUUCAUGGAUUGACGAAAAACCAUAUUUCGAUAAUCACAAUGAGGAACUUCCAUAUGAUCGCAAGAAUUUUUUUGAUAACAUCACAACCACAGCUUCAGGAUUACGAACAUCACGUGUCGGAUCUGGAUGGUUAGACAACAAGAAGGUUCGGCAACCUUUGCAAGAUAUUCGAAGUGCUAAAAUCAACUCUUGUUCGAAUGAGCGAUUUAAUUACCAUCCAGGAAAUCAUUCCAUUGGGAGCAUUUCCACCUACAGUGAAUCUAAGUCGUCAUGUGAUGAUUCCUUAAAUAAAUCUUCAGAAAAAGAUGAAAGUGGAUUUUCGAAUAAAUUGAUGAGUGCAGAUGAUAAAUCCGAUAAUGGAAACAUGGAAUCAGAACCUGAAUGGUUCUCAUGGCCGGCGUCCCGAAAUGAUGUUAUAGAUUUGCAUGGAUUUGAAGAAGACGAAGAGUUAAACAAGAGUAAUGAGUCAAAAGCUACCAGUCAGAGUUCUUCGCAGAAAUGUAGUCCGACUAAAACAAAAUUUGAGGACUUUCAAGGUGCUGCUAGGACAGAAGGAUGUCCGUCAGUUCCAGUUUAUCGUCGUACAACUCAGCAUGAUCAAUUUAAUCAACAUCAACAGCGUUCCAAUCGUACUUCCAUUUCAAAGCCAUCGAACUAUGCAAAAAGUAAUCUCACCAGCUCUGGUUUUUACAACACCACUCAUAAUCGUCAGGCAAUGCAUCAUUUCAAAACACAACCAGUAAUGCAGCGAAAUGAUGUGAAUCAAAGUGCUAAAAGUGAGGCAGAGUCUGCAGCUCACAUUAAUCCAUUCUUUGAAAUGUGGAAGAAAAAUUUAUCAACUUUUCAACAAGAAAAUGUGAAUUACGCGAAAAUUAAAAGCGAAGCUCAGAUGAUAACAAUUACUGAUGUCGAAAAUGCAAUGAAUGUGAAAAUGGGAAAUUUGAGUCAUCAGGAGAUGCCAAAACCAUCAUCGAGUCAUAAUGAAAAUAAUCGUUUCAAAAUGCCAGCAGUUUCACAGAUGUCAGGAACAAAUGUUUUGUCAAUGGGUGCUGGAAGUCCAAAUUUUCAGAAACCUUUUCCUCCUUUUAUGUUAGGUCAAUCAUCAGUUCCACCACAUGCUUAUCAGCCUGGAAUGAUUCCGUCACAAGAACAGCUUCAACAACAUACAUCAGAGAUUAUGCGCAAUGCAAUUAUACGUAAGCAGCUUGGUGAAGAGAAAAAAUUCCGCAAAUAAUCAAAGCUCAACGAAAGCUUUUAAAUCAUGAAUUUUAUUCUCCUGCCUUUUUUUGAAUUAUAUUUUCUUCUCCCAACUCCAUUCAUUACUUCAAACACUCGAGUCUGAUUUGUUGUGUAUUAAAUAUUUCGACAAUCGUAAAAUGGAAUGAAUCUAAUACAACAACAACAAUCAGAAAGAGAAAAAUAUUCAAAGUUACAAGUUAUGAUAGUUCUGGAAAUGUAUAAAUGAAAAUGGUAAACGGAUGAUUUCUGAAAUACAAUAAAAAGCAUACAACUCAUUUAGUCUCUUUUG